ACCGACCCCUAUGAACGCUGCACAAUCUGGGCAAGUGAGUACGGCCACGAGAAGGUGGUGCAGACACUCCUCGAUCGUGGAGCGGAUUUCAAUGCUCAAGGAGGGCUCUAUGGCAAUGCGCUCCAAGCAGCAUCAGAGGGUGGUCACGAGAAGGUGGUGCAGCUGCUGCGUGACAAGAAGUUGUGA